GGCAGCAAGUCCGUCGGUCGGUCUGUCCGUCGGUAGCGGAGCGGCCCCUCCUCGCCCCUCACCGCCUGCCGCGGUGGGGCGCGGCCUGCCUCCCCUCCGAGGGGGCUGCACUGCGGCGGCUUGGCAGCGGUGCUGACAUCAGGAGGGAGCCGUUUGCCAUGCAAAGGGGGAGCUUACCCGGUGGUGUCCUGCGGCAAGGAGCGGGCUGAGGCUGUCCCCCGGCCCGGCCGUGCAUCUGGAGCAAAGCGCGGGCAUAAAACUGGGUGGAGUCCUAGAUUUUGAAGAUUCAUUGACAUCUCUGAGAUUAACAUUUGGAUCUUCAAGAGAAGAGACUUUCUGACAGCGCUGCUCUGCUCCACCUGACCCUAUGACUGCAGGGUUCACCGCGGCUCCAUCCUUUACUCUCCAGUUCCAUAAGAUGGGUUCGUUAAGAAGGCCCCGCCCUCGCUUCAUGAGCUCCCCAGUCCUCAGUGAUCUACCACGGUUCCAGGCAGCCCGGCAGGCCCUGCAGCUCAGCUCCAACUCUGCCUGGAAUAGUGUUCAAACAGCAGUGAUAAAUGUGUUCAAAGGGGGAGGCUUGCAGAAUAAUGAACUUUACACUCUCAAUGAAAAUAUCAGACGGCUGCUGAAGAGUGAACUUGGAUCCUUCAUCACAGAUUACUUUCAGAACCAGCUCCUUGUGAAAGGCUUGCUGUUCGUAGAGGAGAAGGUUAAGCUGUGUGAAGGUGAGGAUCGCAUUGAUGUCCUGGCUGAAAUAUGGGAUCACUAUUUUACAGAGACUCUUCCUACACUCCAGGCAAUAUUCUACCCAGUCCAGGGUCAGGAGUUGACGAUCCGUCAAAUUGCUCUUCUUGGCUUCAGAGACUUGGUCUUGCUAAAAGUAAAAUUGGAAGAAAUUCUUCCUCUGGUCCAGACAAAACUUCCUGCUUCCAUUGUCCAGAUGCUGUUAAUUCUGCAGAGUGUCCAUGAGCCUACUGGACCCAGUGAGGGCUACCUACAGCUGGAAGAACUCGUCAAGCAAGUAAUAUCACCGUACUUGGGUUUGUGUGAGGAUCAUGGCUUCUCUGGUAGCACCUGCUUGCUUGAGAGACGGUACUCCAGAUCCCGUCCCAAGACUGGUGCACCAAAUUAUUCAUCUCACUUGGUGACGAGCCGGCAGCCUGGCGAGAUGGCCCUGACCCCACUGACGGAGCAGGAGGGUGAGGCUUACCUGGAGAAAUGUGGUAGCAUCCGCCGCCACACUGUUGCCAAUGCUCACUCGGAUAUUCAGCUCCUGGCAAUGGCCUCCAUGAUGCAUACAGGAAUUGUGAUUGAGGAGUCGGACAGUACUGAUAAAUGCCUCCUUCUGCAGCCCAGUUUUAGCCACAGGCAGUGCUCCAGUGAGCCCAGUAUUCCUGAUGGGCCAGAGGGAGCCAUGGCAGGAGGUAGGCAGGACCCUGCUGAGCUGAACAGCACAUCAGUCAGCUAGAAGUCUUGCUGAGGAGAGGAGAACCGUAUGUAUAUUCUAUGUGUUGUGCCAUCCCUGCUGGAGGAAAAAAAAGAAAAAAAAAUCAAACUUUGCUCAUGUAAUUGAAAUGGCCUUGAGGGAUCUUCUAUUUCUAUAGGAGUACUCUCUGGGUUUGCUAGUACUCUAGAUUUGUUUUUCUUGCCUGUCUGGGAUCCUUGUUGAGGAAGGUACCAGGCUGUUCCCAAAUGGGCACUGCUUAUACUUUCUUCUGUAAGCUUUCUCCCUCUACUAGUUCAAAACCUCAGGUUUCCUUCUGUUUCUUUGUUAUGAUACACAUUAGCCUCUUUCUGGUUUUCUCCAUCUCUCCCAGCUUUGUACUGCUUGUUUGCUCUUUGUUCUGGCAGCAGAGUGCUCUGUGCAAAAUGUCCUCUUUGCUCCUGGUGCCAGGGAUGGCUGAGGAUGGUGUUUUUCUCCUUUAAAGUUGAACUCAGGGAUGAAACUAUUUGCAUUCUGCAGAAAGGUCUGCUCAGUUGGCUUGUGAGAGAAGGAGAUCCUUCACUUUGCUUCCCAUGGGCAUGGAUGAAAAAUCCAGAUCCAACUUUUUUUGCCCCAGACCCAAAGAGAACUCAUGGAGUCCCAGCUGAGCUGAGUACUUCAUAUUUAUUGUAUUUAGUUCCAGUGACAUCUUUGGGGAUGUGGUGUCAAUUGGGUAUAAAGGAUGUGUGAGUGUAUAAUUUGUGGGCAUAUAUAGUCCUGAGCAUCAUGGCAUUUGGCAUCAAUUUGCUUUCAAAAUGUUGUUGCAGGGCUACAAUGAAAGGAGAAAUCCACAUAGGUUCCUUUGGGAAGGAGACAGUGGGCAGAGCCUGCACUUGUGGGGGAGUCAUAAAGGUGCUUCCUCAGCACUGGCCCGUCGUGAUUCCAGACAAUUUCAUCCUUGGGCUGCUCUGGUGCUUUUAGCACUAGUGAAACCACAGAUAACUGGCAGGUAGUAGAAAGGAGUCCUGUUCUGGUAGUGUAUUCAUGAAGUGCUCCUGACCUCCAGUGGUGUCUGACUCAGUACAGUGUUGCCUUUAAGAUCAAGUGAAGGUUCUUUGCAGUCUUGCUUUCUGUUUUGAAGAUUAUGAGUGGUUCCAUUUUGCAAGUGUCUGUGUCAGGCCCUGCAGCCUGCACUGUCUACUCAGUAGCAUCACUUGGUACUCAAAUGCUGCUUCUAUGGGAACAGAACCCAUCUGUUUGAGCAAUCCCUUGGGUUGCUCUGCCAAUGUCUUGCUAAGCAGAUUUGCAAGUGUAAUUACAGGCUUAGAGGUGAACCAAAAUGCUGCCUUAAAUGUCAAAUCCCAUUAAAAAUAACGGUAUAACACCACCGCCGCUUGAAUCUAGUCCCUGUGGUACUGGCUGUAAAUAGAUCUGUCUUGACAAGGAAACAGAAGGUUAGGAUGAAUCUUCAGGAUGUUUGGUUUUGGUGUUCUUUUGCGUGCUAUGGCAUUAACUGCAGAAUUUGCCCUGCUUCUGUUGGGCAUUAAACAUCUCCUGUUCACUGGCUGCAUCAAAAGUACAGCUCCAACCUGUCAGGAUUUGUCCUUGAUAGCAAACAGAAAGCGGAUUAUUAUUUGGUAACAAAGCAUCAGAAAUACCAGUGAAGAGCACAAGUCACACUAUCUUUGUAAACAAGGGUAUUGCCUUGACUCCUGUGGUUUGCAAAUCUUGAAAGAGAUAUUUGAGAGGGCCUGAUUUUUUUCUUGCAGCCACUUAAGGCACCCUAACUAUUGGCCUUUGUGGAAAUGCCAAGUGUUUCAAUCACUAUCUGUGCUUACACAUUGAAGAAGAGAGAUACAGUUGUGCUGACUGCCUCCUCCUCAGUGUGCACAGUCCAGUAGAGGUCAGGAAGAUGUGGUUUUAAGCAGUCUUUCCUCAGAUGGAUUCUAGGAUAAAUUGCCCUCCUAGUCAUAAAUUGGAGUGACCAGAACAAAUUAUUUGAUGGAAUCUGCCCUAGGGUGGCCACGGAUUGUGGUGGAGCUUCAGAAUCUCUGUGGGAACAGCCAAGCUUAGUAGACCAUGCCAGCCUUGCAGCAUUUCAGUUCACUCUUGUGAAUGCUCUUCUUUUUUUCUAUUUCUGCUCUAACUCAUUUGCUUUCUGUAGCUACUCAAACCAUCUGGAUCAGUGAGCAGCACCUCUUUUAUGGUGCAAUUAGAAUGCUUUAUUUAUUUCCUGACAUACUCUUGGGUCAUCUCUAGGGUUAAUAGAAAUCCAGUCCUGGUUUUAACUUGAAUCCCUUUUGUUUUACAUGUAUGUAUAAUUUUAAUUAUUUUGAUUUUGUGUCUGUGACUUUGCAAAGAUUUGCACCAAGCGACUCUGAACCAUGCGCUUCCUCAGUCAUUUUGGGUUUUAGGGAGAAUUAAA